ACAUUGUGUUUCUUAUUGUCUUUUUUUGUUUUUUGGCCACUAUUAAAACUACACAAAUUAACCUCUUCGCACCUAUAUUUUAGUUCAAACACGGAGAAGGGAGCUAGAAUCAGAAUCAGGUUUUAUUGGCCAAGUAAGUUUGCACAAACAAGGAAUUUGACUUGGUAAAGUGGUUCUCAGUGUGCUUACAUAGAAUAUACAACACAAAACAAUACAAACAGUGCAACGGUCUACAUGCAGACCAAGCAGCUUUUCUCGGACUAAAGUUGAUAUAGAUACGUCACCAUUGUGGAGCGUGCUUUUUUUUUUUUUUUUUUUAAAAUAUAAGAUGGAUGCAGAAGCCCAUGUUCUGUCGUUCUCAAGCUAGAACCUUUUACUGGCGAUGCGAAAGUAAAAAGGCCACUGCUGUAUAAAUAUCCAAUCACGUGUAGGGAUGGUGAUGGGAUGGUUCUUGGCUCAGGCCAAUCAAAUGUUCCAACGGUUUUAAUGACACUGCUUCUGACCUAUAGUGUAAAACGUCGUUGAAGGCAGACCUCCUUUGUGAAGCUCCUCAAACGCCAUCUUGAGUUGAUGGUUUCGGUAAUCUGAAGGAGGUUUACGGUACUCUUUUGGAAAGAUUUCAGAAUUGUUUGAAUAGUAGGGGAUAUCAGGGAUAUCUUGAUAGCGCCUUAAAACAUUUUUGCUCGGAUAUGGCUACGGGAGCAAAUGCAACUCCUCUGGGGAAGUUGCACCCAAGCAUUGGCGCUAAACGAGGCUUCGAAGCCGGGCCGGGUGCGGGUGCUGGAUUAAUGGCUCCGCCAGGCCCUCCGGUGUCAUUUCCUUCUCUUCAAAAUUUCCAGCCACCUCAGGUGCCCAUUGUCCCUUUUCAGCAAGCUCUCCAAUUCGCACCUGUUGCAGUUACAACCUUUCAAGCCUCAAUCCAACAGCCAGUACCCGUGAUGAAAUCGCCCGGUGGAGACUUCGGUCAGAAGAAGAACAGGAAAAAGAGUCGUUGGAGCAGCGAGACCCCUGACCAGAAGACGGUCAUCCCUGGAAUGCCAACCGUUAUCCCCCCUGGUCUGACUCGCGACCAAGAAAGAGCUUACAUAGUCCAACUGCAGAUUGAAGACCUGACACGUAAACUGCGUACGGGAGACCUGGGAAUCCCUGUAAACCCUGAGGACAGGUCUCCCUCACCAGAGCCCAUCUACAACAGUGAGGGCAAGAGGCUGAACACCCGCGAGUACCGCACCCGCAAGAAGAUCGAGGAGGAGCGCCACGCCCUCAUCACAGAGAUGGUCGGCCUCAACCCUGAGUUCAAGCCUCCCGCAGACUACAAGCCCCCCGCCACCAGGGUGAGCGACAAGGUCAUGAUCCCACAGGACGAGUAUCCGGAGAUCAACUUUGUGGGUCUGCUGAUUGGCCCACGUGGUAACACUCUGAAGAACAUUGAGAAGGAGUGCUGUGCUAAGAUCAUGAUCCGCGGGAAAGGGUCGGUGAAGGAGGGCAAAGUGGGCCGCAAGGACGGCCAGAUGCUGCCCGGCGAAGACGAGCCGCUGCACGCUCUCGUCACCGCCAACACCAUGGAAAACGUCAAGAAGGCCGUGGAGCAGAUCCGAAACAUCUUGAAACAGGGUAUUGAGACGCCUGAAGACCAGAAUGAUCUACGGAAAAUGCAGCUGAGGGAGCUGGCCCGACUCAACGGCACCCUGAGAGAGGAUGACAACAGGAUCCUCCGCCCAUGGCAGAGCUCGGAGCAGCGCAGCAUCACCAACACCACCCUCUGCACCAAGUGUGGUGGAGCCGGCCACAUCUCCUCCGACUGCAAGUUCACCAGCACCAACACCUACACCCCCCGCCCGGGCGAGCCCCCCCAGUCUGCUCAGGAUAAGGCGCGCAUGGAUAAGGAGUACCUCUCCCUCAUGGCUGAGCUCGGGGAGGCCACCGCACCCUCCUCCGGCGGGGGCCACUCCAACAACCAGAACUCUGGUCACCGCGGCUCCGGCAACAACCAGGGGCCACCGAGCCGUCCUCCCUGGAUGAACUCCGGCCCGUCUGAGAACAGGAACUUCCACAACAUGCACGGAGGCCAUGGCGGCCACGGCGGACACGGCGCUCACGGAGGCCAUGGCGGCGGACACGGAGGCCACAGUGGUCACGGCGGGCACCACAACUACCCGCCUCCCAUGCAAAACAUGGGAGCCCCCCCCAUGCCACCCAACCCCAACGGGAUGCCUCCUCCGUGGAUGCAGCCGCCACCUCCUCCCAUGGGGCAGGGCCCUGCUCCUCCCGGACACCCCAUGGGUGAGUGUCUGCCAAACCUGCAAUACGGUUUGCUGCCUCCCCCGAUGGGCAUGAUGCCUCCUCCUCCUCCUCCCCCCAACGGUCAGCCCCCACCCCCCUCUGGACCCCUGCCGCCAUGGCAACAGCAGGCCCCCCCUCCUCCUCCCACCAGCAGCAUGGCUACCAGUGCGCAGCUGCCGUGGCAACAGAACACCCCCACCACGUCCUCUCCCGGCACGGGCAACCUGCCCCCGUGGCAACAGCCCCAGCAGUCAGCUGGAUCCGGCGCCCAGCCGCCUCCCCCGAUGGGCAACCCGUCCAUGGUGCCCCCCCCUCCAGGGGUGCAGCCCCCUCUACCCCCUGGAGCUCCCCCUCCCCCUCCCCCACCCCCUCCUGGCUCUGCUGGUAUGAUGUACGCCCCCCCACCCCCACCUCCCCCGAUGGACCCCUCCAACUUCGUCACCAUGAUGGGUAUGGGGGUGCCGGGCAUGCCGCCAUUUGGAAUGCCCCCUGCACCCCCUCCCCCACCCCCACAGAAUUAAGAUGACCUCAUCAUACCCCUACCCCCUCUCCCACUCAACCUCACACUUACACCCGCCCUGCCAUCCCCGAAUAUAACCCUCCACCCGUCUCCAUGUCGACCACACGGGGAGGCUCAUCUGCAGGACUUUGACUUGAUUGGUCAGUAGCUGCUGGGCCGCAGACUACUCUGCUUGUGUCAGGUUGUUGCUUUUAUUUUUAAAAAAAGAUUUCAGAUUUUUGAUCGUGUGGUUGACUCUUGUAAAUCUGUUUAACUUAAUUUGCGUUUUUUUUUCCCGUUUGAUUUUUCUUUUCUUUUUUUUCAUUUUUAAAUUGCAAUGUUUUUGAUUCCUAGUCCUGAGUUCCAUUAAUUGUCCUUGACAGGGAAAGAAUGGCAUGUGAUAUAUCUUCAUUAUUUUAUUUUUUUCUUCCUUUGUCCUGGUGAACGUGCAUUCAAAGUUCUUCACUCUUCCUAGCCAGUGAAUAGUGACUCUCUUUAAGAUACAGAACCGACAUUCCAGCCAAUAAAUGAUCAUUUUAUAUCAGUGCGGUGCAGAAUUUUAUUUUCUUGCUUAAAGAAAUUACACAAAUCUAUAUUAAUCUCAACUAAUGCUUCAGAUGUUCUCAUCUUCCUGUUCCAUCGAGCUGUACAAAACUGCUUCUACUUCCUGUUCACAAUCUCUCCUAUCCAAAUUAACACUUCAUCUGACAUGUUCACUGCCUUCCUUUGAAGUUUUACUAAAUAUUUUUGUAAAGGGGUUGAAAUAAAACGAUGCAUAAAACUAGAGGUAUAGUGAAAACAAAAAAUGAUAUUGCCUGGUCUUGCUUACUGCACCUAGUUCACAUGCCAUUGGUUGCCAUGUAAAUACAGGUUACAUGUUUAUAAUUUUUUUUUUAGAACUUUUUUCUGUAAAUUUUGAUUGAAAAAUAACGCAUGUGUCUUGAUGGGGAGUUGAACACGUGUUGGUUGGACUGUCGUGACGGGGCCUGUGAAGUACUUGAAUUCUGGUGGUUCAUUGCAUUGAUCCCAAAUCUCCAUCAUACUGUCUCAGUCAGUUCAGCUCCCCUGUACAUGGUCAGGCAUCCUGUAUUAGUGGUUCUUUUUUGAGUUUUUGAUUAUUUUAAAAGCCAAAAAAUUAUUUUGAUUACAUGGUAAAAAGGAAAAAAAAUGCUUGCAUUUUGCUUACUGCCGUCGUGGCGUCUGUGUCCGGCCUGAGUUGUGAAGUCUAGUUUGAGAAGAUACCGAAGAAGGAAAAAAAAAAAACACAUUUGAGGUUGUUGCUUGUAAUUAAACCCAUUCUUCUUAAAAUUCUGCGUGGUUAGUGUUUUAUUUUGAUGCCAUUUUAACGUCGUCAUUUGUCAGCGCUUUCAUCGAAGACUGUUCACAGGCUGUAUUUAACUUUUUGCUCAUAAAAAUCAUGUCUUAUGUAUGACUGCACCAGCAGCUAAGCUUAUCGGCCUGUUUGUAUUGGACUGACCAGUCAUGCGGCAACAUGCUGAUUGUUUGACAUCCCGAGGGGAUGACUUGAGGUUUUAUUAUAAAUAGUUUUGUGUAUUUGGUUGCAGAUACUUUUUUUUCUGAUACAUUUACUGUAACUGUCGAGUUAAUUUCCCAAGCAUCUCUUACUACAAUAAAGAGGAUAACUUUGGUCUAUAA